UUGGCAGCCCAGGAAGGACAAGUGAGAAGAAGGUAGAGAAAGAGAGAGAUCUUAUCUGAGCCUCUGUUUCUCAUUUUCUCUAAAACGGUCGCCUCGUACCAUCUUUCGCUUCCCCUACGCUUUUACCGCCUCUCUCUCUGCGUCUGGCUCCCCUUUAUGGCCACCGACCAACCUAGGGUUUGAACCGACCUUUCACAGAAGCACGGUAAAAUUUGGAAAUAACAAGUGAUGAUGCAUGCAAGGAGAAUAAAGUGUAAAAAUCAGAGAUGGGUACUUCAAAUGUCCAAAUAUUCAACAACGCCUACCCACACUGUUCAUGGUUCUUCGCAAUCUUUAGGUCAUAGUACAGUUUCGGGAAACCACUGUUUUCAUGGUAGUUUUAUUAGAAGCCGUCUCGUUGAUUCAUUCACGUUGCGUAGUGUUGCUCCUGGUUAUAGCUGCACUGGUUUGCAUGUAAGGUCUAGUCCAUGUUUGAAGGGUAGCCAGUUACGUGCCUACAGUUCUGAAGGUGAUGGAAGUAAUGCAAGUGAGGAUAAUCAAACACCAGUGAAAGGUGAUGCUGAUCUUGAUAAAGGGAGGACUUCUCAAGAAAAGGCUAAGGAAGAUGGUAGGAAUUUUGAUGCACACGCUCUACUUGGGGAACAAGAUCAAAAGGAGUGGCUUAAUAGUCAAAAGAUUACCAUUGAGAGUAAAAAGAAAGAGUCACCUUUUUCAACUAAACGAGAGAAGUUCAAAAAUGAGUUUUUGAGGAGGAUUGUUCCGUGGGAGAAAUUAACUGUGUCAUGGGAUACAUUUCCCUACUACAUUCAUGAACCUACCAAAAACCUUUUGGUGGAAUGUGCUGCUUCCCAUUUGAAGCAUAAAAAGUUUACUUCAACUUAUGGUUCUCGUUUGACAUCUUCAAAUGGAAGGAUACUGCUUCAGAGUUCACCAGGCACUGAACUUUAUCGUGAAAGAUUAGUUAGAGCACUCACACAAGAUCUCAAAGUUCCCCUCUUGGUGCUAGACAGCAGUGUACUUGCUCCUUAUGAUUUUGGUGACGACUGUGAAUCUGAAUCGGAUGAUGAUGGUGUGGAGGAGAAUACUUCUGAUUCAGAGAUUGAGGAUGAAAAUGCUGCGAGUAACGAAGAAGAUUGGACUAGUAGUAACGAGGCAAAAUCAGAUUCUAGUGAUAAAGAUGAAGAUGAUGUGCAUGCCAGAGCUGAAGCAGCCCUCAAGAAGCUUGUUCCUAUUGAAGACUUUGCAAAGAUGGUAUCUGGGGAAACUGAGAGUUCAUCCGAAUCCUCAAAAUCAGAAACUGCCGAGUCUUCUGAUAAAUGCAAACGACCGCUAAAGAAAGGAGAUCGAGUGAAGUAUAUCGGGCCUUCUAUACAUGUUGAAGCUGAUAACAGGGUCCUAUUGGGGAAGAUAUCAACAACUGAUGGUCCAAGGAAUGCUUAUACCAUCUUCCGUAGCAGGCCUUUACCAAAGGGUCAACGUGGGGAGGUAUAUGAGGUGAGUGGAGAUCGAGUUGCUGUUAUUUUGGAUGUUAAACAGAAGGCAGGAACUGAAGUGGAUAAAGAGGAAAAAGAUGCAGAGCAACCUGCUGAUCCACCAGUUUAUUGGAUACAUGCUAAGGAAAUUGAACAUAUUCCUGACCCGCAGACUGAGGAUUGUUAUUUUGCACUGGAGGCCUUAUGUGAGGUCUUACAUGCCAAGCAACCUCUUAUUGUAUAUUUUCCAGACUCUUCUCAAUGGAUGUCUAGGGCAGUUCCUAAGUCAGAUCGCAAGGAGUUUGUCGCUAAGGUGCAAGAAGUUUUUGAUGAGUUAUCAGGUCCUGUUGUUUUGAUAUGCGGGCAGAACAAGGUUGAAUCAGGAUCAAAGGAGAAAGAGAAAUUUACAAUGAUACUUCCAAAUUUGGGGCGUCUUGCAAAGCUGCCUCUCUCUCUUAAGCGUCUUACAGAGGGACUUAAAGGAACAAAGAGAUCAGAUGACAAUGAAAUAUAUAAGCUAUUCAAAAAUGUUUUCUGCGUAUAUCCGCCAAAGGAGGAAGAGGAGCUUCGAAUAUUCAAUAAACAGAUUGAAGAAGAUGGAAGAAUUGUGAUAGCAAGAAGCAAUUUAAAUGAAUUACAUGAGGUUCUUGAGGAAAAUGAGCUCUCAUGCAUGGACUUAUUGCUAGUAGAUACCAAUGGUGUAAUCUUGACAAAGAGAAAAGCUGAGAAAGUAGUUGGCUGGGCAAAAAACCAUUACUUGUCAUCAUGCCUUCUUCCUUACGUGAAAGGUGAAAGAUUGCAUCUGCCACGUGAAAGCCUUGAAAUAGCAAUUUCACGCUUGAAGGAGCAAGAAACUUUGUCUCGGAAGCCUUCUCAAAAUUUGAAGAACAUGGCAAAGGAUGAAUAUGAGAGCAACUUUGUUUCAGCUGUAGUACCUCCUGGUGAAAUUGGUGUUAGGUUUGAUGAUGUAGGUGCUCUGGAGGACGUGAAGAGGGCGCUGAAUGAACUUGUUAUUCUUCCAAUGAGGAGACCGGAGCUUUUCUCUCAUGGAAACUUAUUGCGGCCUUGCAAAGGAAUAUUACUUUUUGGGCCUCCUGGAACUGGGAAGACCCUUCUUGCCAAGGCACUUGCAACAGAAGCUGGGGCAAACUUUAUCAGCAUAACUGGUUCUACUCUAACAUCAAAGUGGUUUGGAGAUGCUGAAAAGCUGACCAAAGCUUUGUUCUCCUUUGCUAGCAAGCUUGCUCCCGUCAUAAUAUUUGUUGACGAGGUUGAUAGUUUGCUUGGUGCUCGUGGUGGUUCUUUUGAGCAUGAGGCAACUAGAAGAAUGAGAAAUGAGUUCAUGGCAGCUUGGGAUGGAUUGAGGUCCAAAGACAGUCAAAGAAUCCUUAUUCUUGGGGCCACAAAUCGGCCAUUUGAUCUUGAUGAUGCUGUCAUUCGUCGGUUACCAAGAAGGAUAUACGUUGACUUACCUGAUGUUGAAAAUCGUAAGAAGAUAUUGAGUAUAUUUCUUGCUCAAGAGAAUCUAGCACCUGGUUUCCAAUUUGACAAACUUUCAGAAGCAACAGAGGGAUAUUCUGGCAGUGAUUUGAAGAACCUCUGUAUUGCUGCUGCAUAUAGACCUGUCCAGGAGCUUUUAGAAGAAGAAAAGAAGGACAUCAAAAGUGACGCAGCUACAGUGUUGAGGCCUCUUAAUUUAGAUGAUUUUAUUCAAUCAAAAGCCAAGGUUGGGCCAUCAGUUUCCUAUGAUGCUUCAAGCAUGAACGAACUUAGGAAAUGGAACGAACAAUAUGGAGAAGGUGGAACCAGAAGAAAAUCACCAUUUGGUUUUUGAAACUAAUCUUACGGUGGUUGUUCUUCUUUAAUAUAUUCUUCGGAGAGAAAGGAGACGCCCUACUAUACAGGCAUCCAUUCGUUGAGGGAGAAGAAGAUGAAAAGCUCAUCCUGGCAUUCUUGGAGAAGAAAGCAAGAAGAUCAAACAGGCCCAAAUUUGGAGGCUUUGGGUAACAGUAGAAGGCAGAACCCCUUUUCUCCAUCCUCUUUGGGCGGAUGAGAGAAACCCCAACAAAUGAUGUACUAUCUUUGUAGCCUUAUAUGCAAAAUUUCCCCAAUUUCCCCAAUUUUCUCAAUUUUCCAUGCCUUGUAAAAUAACACCAUUGUUUUUUGUUAAAUUAAUAGGAGAUCAUAAGGUGGGUCUUGGAUAUUUGCCAAUUUUCCCCAUUUUCCAUGGCUUGGAUAUUUCCAGAAAAUCUUGAUCAGUCUUGGAUAUUUCCCAAUAAUUUCGUACUGUUUUU